GUGCAGUGUAACAUCAGAACCUAGCUUACGGUUUCGCUCAAACAAUAAGGAAGGCACCUUUCACUACCUUGAAAAUUAUUUUACAUCUGCAAUCGACACUUCGAUCUCUUGAUAGCUAGGUUCUAACUCCAACUACCAAAAUGUAUGAUUGCAUGAAGCUCUUUAAGAGCAAAAUAGCUGGAGAGUCGUAUCGAGUUUGGUGCGAGACAAACCCGCAUGACCCGCCACAAUCAUUCUCCUCACUUUACCACUAGUAUAAAACUCCCGCUUCUCGCUCCGAGCAACAAUGCACAAGUAACCAAAAGUGUUGCAGCAGAAGAAGAGACCGACGACAUGCAAGGCUUGAGAAUCUGCGCCAUUCUUUUUGUAGCUGCUCGACUGGUCACUGAAAGUUUAGGUCAGCUAGCAGAAGCUCCGGGUCCGGCAGGUCCUCCAAACAUCACUGCCAUUUUCGAGAAGGCAGGACAGUUUGGGACAUUCAUGCGCCUACUCAGGAGCACACACGUCGGCGAUCAGAUAACCAACCAGCUGAACAACUCCAUCAAUGGCAUAACGAUAUUUGCACCUAAUGAUGAUGCUUUCUCCAGCCUCCCUCCAGGUACAAUAAACUCCCUCACGGAUCAGCAGCAAGUUGCAUUGAUCCAAUUCCAUGAGCUUCCUUACCUCGUCUCGCUAGCUCAGUUCCAAACGAUAAGCAAUCCUGUGAGAACACAGGCAGGUGAUGUUAACAAUGGUAGGUAUCCAUUGAACGUGACAGCCAUUGGAGACCAGGUGAACAUAUCGACAGGAAUCAUCAAAACCACGAUUGCACACACCGUGUACUCGGAUGACCAGCUAGUCGUGUACGAGGUUGACAAUGUGCUCCUCCCGAUAGAAAUCUUUGGACCGCCAGCUCCUGCCGCUGCACCUGCACCAGUCAAGUCAAAAAAGAAGGGAAGUUCAAUUGCCGAAAGCCCUUUGGGUGCCGAUGCAUCUGCUGCUGUGGACUUGAAUUGGGGAACAUCAGGUGCCAUCUUAUCGUUAGCUGGAUCUAUCUUCCUCAUGUGGAGGCUCUGAGAAUCCUCCUCGAUAUUUUGAAUGAGUUAAAUUGAUGUUUACUUGAAUGUGGAGGAUUGAAUUUGUUUAGUAUAUGUUAUUGCUUCUUUUGGAUUUGGUCAUGUUUCAUUCAUAUGUCAUCUUUGAAUAUAAAGAAAGUGGCAGCAUCUUAUUCUUGUUCA